AUGGCGCGGCAGGGCUCGGGGGCCAUGCUAGCCUCUGGCGGCCUGGGCUUUCCCCCCCAAAACCUAGCCCGGGUGGUGGUGUGGGAGUGGCUGAACGAGCACGGGCGCUGGCGGCCCUACUCAGCCACUGUCUGCCACCACAUCGAGAACGUGCUGAAGGAGGAUGCCCGCGGUAGCGUGGUGCUGGGCCAGGUCGACGUCCAGCUGGCACCCUACAUCAUCGACCUCCAGUCCAUGCACCAGUUCCGGCAGGACACGGGGACCAUGCGCCCCGUACGGAGGAACUUCUAUGAUCCCUCCUCGGCGCCAGGGAAGGGCAUCGUGUGGGAGUGGGAGAACGACAACAACUCCUGGACACCGUACGACAUGGACAUCUGCAUCACCAUCCAGAACGCCUACGAGAAGCAGCACCCUUGGCUGGACCUCUCCUCCCUGGGCUUCUGCUACCUCAUCUACUUCAGCAGCAUGUCCCAAAUGAACCGGCAAACCCAACGCAAGCGCCGGCUCCGGCGCCGUAUGGACCUGGCCUAUCCCCUCACCAUGGGCUCCAUCCCCAAGUCGCAGUCAUGGCCAGUGGGCACCAGCUCGGGGACGCCCUGCUCCUGCCCCCAGUGCUUGCUGGUCAACAGCACCCGUGCCGCCUCCAACGCCAUCCUGGCCUCCCAGCGCCGCAAGCUCUACCCAGGGAUGACGGGCAUCCUGAUGUGCGCAGCGGGGCUGCCUGUCUGCCUGACCCGCGCCCCCAAACCCAUCCUGCACCCGCCGCCCGUCAGCAAGAGCGACAUCAAACCUGUGCCUGGCGUCAACGGCCUCUGCAGGAAAACCAAAAAGAAGCACCUCAAAAAGAGCAAGACUCCCGAGGAUGUGGUGCGCCGCUACAUCCAGAAAGUGAAGAACCCCCCAGAUGAGGAUUGCACCAUCUGCAUGGAGCGGUUGGCCACCUCCUCUGGCUAUGAAGGGGUCCUGAGCCACAGGGGCAUCAAGCCAGAGCUGGUGGGCAAGCUGGGCAAGUGCGGGCACAUGUACCACCUCCUCUGCCUGCUGGCCAUGUACAACAACGGCAACAAGGACGGCAGCCUGCAGUGCCCCACCUGUAAGGCCAUCUAUGGGGAGAAGACGGGCACGCAGCCCCCUGGGAAGAUGGAGUUUCACCUCAUCCCCCAUUCCCUCCCCGGUUACACCGACUCCAAAACCAUCCGAAUCUCACCCCAUUGCCCUCCUGCCCAGGGCCCGGAGCACCCCAAUCCCGGCAAGAAGUUCACGGCGCGUGGCUUCCCCCGGCACUGCUACCUGCCUGACAACGAGAAGGGCAGGAAG